GUAAGGAACGAUAACUCUGGGUAUUUCCUACGGGGGAGGUUAGCGGAAGAACGUAAAGGUGUUGCAAACAAACAUGGACACGGAUCCAAAAUUUCGUCCAGUUUCGGCGAUGAGUUUAAGGACAAAAAUCCGUGAGGACCACUUGACUUGCGCAAUCUGUAUGGGACCCUUUGAUAAACCCAAAGCCCUGCCGUGUUUACAUUCAUUCUGCCAAGGGUGUCUGACAGAUUUUAUUGUGAGUCGUGGUUAUGAAUCUUCUGGUCAGUUUCCUUGCCCCGUAUGCCAGAAAGCAACCAUAAUUCCACCCGGAGGAGUGGGGGGAUUUCCGGACAAUUAUGUGUUGUCCAGCCUUUUGGACACUGUAGACAAGAGACCAGCUGUCCCCCCACGCCCUAAAGGAAGCCCAGCCGAUGGAAGUUCUAGAAAUAUCUCUCCAGUCCCUGGAGGUCUGUACCCCCAGGCCCCGACAGGAAAUCCAAUGAACACAAUACCAGCCUCUACAACAUACGUCCCUUGCAGUGAGAAUCUUCUUUUGAGAUUUGGUCAACUUGGAGCUACUAUCGCUGAUUUCAUGAAGCCAUAUGGACUGGCCGUGGGAAAGAAUGGGGAGUAUGUGGUCACAGACCUGGCAGGAAGUCGAGUUUUAGUGUACGCAAAUGCCGGUGAAUUGAUUGGGCGCUUUAGCUGUGACUGUAAAAUAAGCGGGGUAACAAUGACUCGUGAUAAUUUGAUUCUUCUGGCUAUAAAUGGAGCAGGUUCUGCAAUAAUGAGAAUCUACAAUAUGGAUGGUCAUGUCCUUCAAACAGUUGGGGAUUUCUAUCGUUUUGAUAAACCCAGUGGAAUAGCUCAAACAUCCAAAAGUCAAACUAUUAUUUCCAACCUUGAAGGCAAUAACAUUUAUGUCUUUACCGACCAGAACAAAAUGUCUUUGAAGUUUGGAUGGCACGGUUCCGGAGACAAACACUUCAAUGGACCUAACUUUGUAGCAGUGGACAGCAAAGACAACAUCAUUGUCAGUGACUCAGGAAAUAAUUGUGUUAAGGUCUUUGACACUGCAGGAAAUUUUAAGAGGAAGUUUGGCAAUCUGUCUUGUCCCAUGGGAAUUGCUGUGGAUAAGCGUGACAAUAUCAUUGUGGCAGAUGCCGGGAAUUUCCGAGUGCAAAUGUUUGACAAUCACUGCAACUAUCUAAGGUGUCUGGUUGAAAACACUGACGACAUUCAGUCUGAUGUGAAGCCAUUAAAUGUUGCCGUUACACCUGCAGGAAAUGUGGCGGUUUUACUUCGGGGAACACAAUUUGCAGAAAUUCGAGUAUACAAGUGCCCUUUAUAGUCAAUGAUUUCGUUUUGCAGAAAUCCGAAUCUACGCGUGCCCUUCAUAGUCAUUGAUUUCGUACAUUGUUAAUGCUCUACCUUCAAACAAUGUACAUGUAUCACUGUUAUUUUGUUAUGUUGUAUAAAUAAUAUAUGAGGCAUGCAUUAAAUUUACCUAAUACAUUGGACUGAAUUGCUUUACAGAAGAUCUGAUACCUGUGUGCCUAUCAAGAGAAUGCAUUGCCAUUGACACUAGGCAUUAAAUUUAUUUUGUGAACUCUGUUUUCAUUAAUAAAUGAUUAAGUUUUGGUAUAAUAAUUAUACAUGCAAAUACUAUAAUGUAGAUGUACUACUCAUAA